UAUUCUUUGUAAGUUUUUUUUUUCUUCCCAAACAAACCAUAACUCCUACCUUGGUCAAUCAAUCUAGUAAAAAAAAACAUGAUGUCGUUCCCUUCUUUCUAUUCAAAACGGCCUGUAGUUUUUAUUCUCCUACGUGGCUGGUUUGGUACGUGUCUGUGAUGCCCGUCUCACUCGUAACGGCGAAAGUUUCUGCGGGGGAGAAAAACAUGAAGAAAAAAAAGAGACGGACCUAACUGUAACGCCGUUAACUUUCUUUUGUACCAAACGACAAGACAAAAAAGGUUGGCAAAUGACACCGAGCCAAUCAGAUCAGUGAAAGCUUUCGUAUACUCGGAGAAGUCUUCUCUGUUUCAAACAAAACAGAACCCAGUUGAAUUUUCCCAGAAAGUUUUCUCCUUUUUCUUGAAUUCAGCUACAAACAUAAGUUGUUAGCUUCACAGUGAGAGAGUGAGAUGGAGAAAGCCACUGAAAGACAGAAGAUUUUGCUUCGUCAUCUCAAUCCACUACCUCCUUCUUCUCUUCCUCGUAUUAAUGAUAAUAAACCUACUCUUCUCUCCGCUGUGAACUGUGCUGCUGAGCUUUCCCCAAUGGCUGCUUUUGGAGACGACGUUGUGAUCGUUGCGGCAUAUCGCACUGCCAUCUGCAAAGCUAAACGCGGAGGGUUUAAAGACACUCUCCCAGAUGAUCUUCUUGCUUCUGUUCUCAAGGCUGUGGUGGAAAGGACAUCUUUGGAUCCAAGUGAAGUUGGGGAUAUAGUUGUUGGUACCGUUAUAGCUCCUGGUUCUCAGAGAGCCAUGGAGUGUAGAGUAGCUGCUUACUUUGCUGGCUUUCCUGACUCCGUGCCAAUUAGAACUGUCAACAGACAAUGCUCCUCAGGACUACAAGCAGUUGCUGAUGUUGCUGCUUCCAUCAGAGCUGGAUAUUACGACAUUGGUAUUGGUGCUGGAGUGGAGUCAAUGUCAGUUGAUCAUACUGCUGGAGGCGGCUUUCACACCACAAACCCGAGGGCACAAGAGUUUCCUGGAGCUCGUGACUGCUUGCUUCCAAUGGGUAUCACUUCUGAAAACGUUGCAGAAAGAUACGGUGUCACAAGACAAGAGCAGGACAUGGCUGCGGUGGAGUCUCACAAGCGUGCAGCUGCUGCAAACGCUUCUGGUAAACUCAAGGAUGAGAUAGUUCCUGUUGUUACUAAGAUUGUUGACCCCGUGACAAAAGCAGAGAAGCCAAUUGUUGUUUCUGUUGAUGAUGGUGUACGUCCAAACUCAAACAUGGCUGAUUUGGCAAAGCUGAAGACAGUCUUUAAACCUGAUGGUUCAACCACAGCAGGUAAUGCUAGUCAGAUUAGUGAUGGUGCUGGAGCCGUACUGCUAAUGAAGAGGAGCUUGGCGAUGAAGAAGGGACUUCCCAUUCUUGGAGUAUUCAGGAGCUUUGCUGUUACUGGUGUGGAUCCGGCUGUAAUGGGUAUUGGUCCAGCUUAUGCCAUUCCUGCUGCAGCAAACCUAGCAGGACUCAAAGUUAGCGACAUUGAUCUAUUUGAGAUCAAUGAGGCAUUUGCAUCUCAGUAUGUGUACUGUUGCAAGAAGCUAGAGCUGGAUGUGGAAAAGGUCAAUGUUAAUGGAGGAGCCAUUGCUAUUGGCCAUCCUCUGGGUGCUACAGGAGCUCGAUGUGUUGCAACAUUGCUGCAUGAGAUGAAACGGAGAGGGAAAGACUGCCGCUUUGGAGUUAUUUCAAUGUGCAUAGGUACUGGUAUGGGAGCUGCGGCAGUUUUUGAGAGAGGAGACUCUGUUGAUGACUUAUCAAAUGCCUGUGUGGAGGCUAAUGGGAUUGGUCAUUAGAACAAAGUUGAAUACGGAGAAGCAAUGAAGGCAUAAAGUCAAAUAAAAAAGUGUGAAGCUUAAGCUAUUUCACGUUGCAAUGAACAAUUUGUAAUUCUGAAUUUAAAAUGUAUCAACUAGUACUUGUGGGUGAACAAAGAGUUAAACUCAAAAACCCAAAGUAACAUCUUUCCUCACAACAAGUCUUUUAACAUACUAAUCAAUCCUCCUCCCAUAUCUUA